AACAGAGCCGGGAUGUCUCUACAGGAGCUUCAGGAGCUUCAGGAGCUGCGCCAGCGUGUUAAGGAAGAGCAGCGGCUACGAGAGGAAGAGCGGCGACUACGACAGCAAGCUGAAGAACAACUGCGGUAUCAGACUCAAAACACCACGCUUCCCGAAUUCCUAGAGGCCUGCCAUGCGCACUUAUUCCUCGGUUUGCACAUUUGCGAAGACAAAGGCUCGAUCACAAAGGGCAACCCCGCGAAUGCCGACCAUAAGAUUCGCCCCACCAGGAUUCGGGAGUGGAUCAACUUUCCGAAGGAGCAAAUUUCGAUAUGGGACGAUCUAAUGAAAACUGACUUUGUAACUGAACGCCACUUUACACCCUUGUUGGUAUUGAAAGAAUAUGGGAAGGAAGUCCGGGGGAGGAUGUUGGGCUCAGAGCUGGACUUGGGUUACUUCGAACGACACACGGUCGAGUCCCGUGUCUCUUCGGUAAUCAAGCAGCUACACGUGAACCCCCAACUUCGACAAACCUUCGGCCUGAAUGGAGACGUCAGUUUCGAGAACCACGCCAAUACGCUGACGGACGAUUCGGGUAUCUUGACAGAGAUGAACUCGCUGAGUCUGAGCCAGGUGCAACCGCGUCGCUCUGGUCGAUUAGCUGCAAAAUCAAGCAGCGUUCAGACCUCGACUCAACCACCAGAGACAAGUCAUAACAAAGCUACCCAGCCAAGGAAUUCGCGGCCUCGAGCGGACCAAUUUUGUGUUUAUAACAAGGGCAUGGAAGGAAAGGUCCCAGCCUUUAUCAUUGAGUAUAAGGCACCCCAUAAGGUCUCGCUUUCCCAUAUCAGAGCCGGACUGCAAGAUAUGGACCUCGAUGAUGUGGUUCGCUUACAGGAUGACGAAUCGCCAGAUAUUAUCUGUCGUCGUGUUGUGGCAGCAGUUAUCACCCAAACAUUCUCAUACAUGAUCCAUGCGGGCCUGGAAUACGGCUAUGUAUGCACCGGUGAAGCAUUUAUAUUUCUCCGUGUGCUUCAGGAUGAUCCUUCUACUGUAUACUACUACCUGUCGGUACCAGAAGAAGAUGUUGGUCCCGUGACAUGGACGGGCAAUCCUCAUGAUGAUAACCGGCUGCAUCUGACCGCUCUAGGUCAGGUACUGGCUUUCACUCUCCGCGCCUUACGAGUACCGACUCGAGACAUCGCUUGGACAAAUCGGGCCGUCCGCAGCUUGAAGACCUGGGUCAUGGUGUAUGAUAUCCUUCUAGACAAAAUAUUAGAGAAGGAUAUUCCCUCUUCUGCCUUUAAAUCACCGACAGGGAGUCGAAACGAAUACUGCCGUGUGUCUCCGGUGAAAAUAAGAUCAAAGGCUGCUGCUGUUGCGUCCUGUAAUUCUUCGCAGGACGCCAGCCUUCUGGAUCAUGAUGAUGAUGAUGAUGAUGAUGAUGCCGGCGAUGACUUUGAUUCUAACACCCCUAGUCGACCUCCACGAGAGCGCCGCCUCGCUCACCCGCCAGAACCCCGUUCUGUAGCAACACGGGCAUUGCCCCAAGAUUCAUCCUCCAAAGGCAAGUCUCGGCAAUAUUGCACUCAGCGGUGUCUUCGCGGCUUGAUCAAGGGAGGACUGCUGGAUCGGCAAUGUCCUAAUGUAUCGGAUCAUGGGCUGGACCGACAUCGACUGACCCGCACGACACUUAUCCGUCGGUUGGACCGGCAGUUCUUCGGCAAUGAGCAACAGCUAACGCAACUGGGGUGCGAGUCGCUGCAUGUUCAUGGAAGCCGCGGGGCACUUUUCAAAAUCACCCUGUGGUCCCACGGGUACACUUUUGUGGGAAAAGGCACGCCGGUCGAGUUUGUGGCAGGCUCGAAGCAUGAGGAGUCUAUUUAUACACAUCUCACUCCAAUCCAAGGAGUAUACGUGCCCGUGCUCCUUGGCAGCCUGCGACUUCGUCACCCAUUCUCCUAUGACGGUAUUGCCGCUAUCGUCCAUCUCAUGUUUAUGAGCUACGUCGGAAUAACCCUUGAAAAACGCCAUGAUCUAGAUGAUCGCCAACUAAUUCAGCAAGCGGAGAGAUCCUUAGAGGCGAUUCACAAUCUGAACGUGCUUCAGUGUGAUCCGAUGCCUCGCAACAUGGCCCAAGAAGAUGGCCGAAUGAUGUUCAUUGAUUUUGAGCGAGCAACGCUGGAACCCCGACGAAUGCCACUUCGGGGUAUUUCGCCUAAUCGAGAACGGAAGCGGGAGACGUCUCUCCAGGAGAAAAGCCCAGCCAAGCACAAUCAUGAUGACUGUUUUGAGCGCGAGAAGCGAUGCAUGAGAGGUGGAUUAUGGCAAUGGCCGUGAUAAUGACUAUGAUAACGACUCUAUUUUCUCACUCUUUAACUACGCAGGAGGCUGUUGCUUAUUUAGCCGCAUAAUCAUUCCAUACGACAGCGAUUCCAAACUUGAUAUAGCCGUGAAGAAGUAGCGCAAUAGCCAGGAAACGUUGGAAAAAUGAAGACCACUUU